AACGACCUAACCGAAGCGCAGGCCUCACGUCUAUCAAAGUGGAAACAAUCUCCUGGCCACCAACGCCACAAGAACGGGGCAUAGAGGUGACUGUCGAUCGUCCUCGCACAUUUUAACCUGUCAAUACUCACGCCGCCAUCUCUUGUCAGCCUUUUGCGAUAUUUGGACGUGUACGGAGUAUCCGUACAGUCGUUUGCAUUUUGCGCCAUCAUGGCGGCAGCGGCGACAACUACGUCAACUCCAACACCAACGACAUUUAUUGCUUUGAGCACGAUUUUCACCCCCCCUUUGAGUUGUAGCUCAUCUUGGACAUAUGAACCUUCGGAUUUUAAUGGGAACCCGUCAGGUCUCUUCAUUCAAAACGCAGUGGGAGGUAACGCCUUCAAUACCGCGUGCUGGCCGCCUUACUUUACACAAAAUGGACGUGAUCAAGUAGUCGGCACAGUGCAAGUGUAUAGCCCUGGAGCGUGCCCGGUUGGGUACACUUCAAACAUUAUCGCACCUGGUGACACGACAACAGUAACUUGCUGUCAAUCUGGAUUUACCUAUCAUUUCUCCUCGGCCACCAGCGAUGAACGCGCAGCCGGCGCGCUUGCAGGUUGCAUAUCAACUUUCAGUUCCGAUGAGACUACAACAGUUUUGGCGCGGCCACUGGGUACUCUCACGCCAAACACUCUUAUUGUCACUUCUACGCUCGACGGUGCCUCGCUUGGGCAAGUGACUAUGUGGGGACAACCGAUCACAAUUGCAUAUCAGCAAAAAGACCUCUCGUUAUUUUCCACGUCUUCAAGCAGCGCAUCGGCUACAGGAUCAGUGACACUAAGCAACUUAGCCUCAGCUUCUACUUCGAAUCCAGUUUCGAGCUCUUCGCAGACACAACCAGGCAAUACAAGUUCCGGCCUAUCCACAGGAGCGAAGGCAGGAAUUGGCGUGGGUGUGGCAGUUGCAGUGUUGGCAAUAUUGGGAAUGGCGUUUUUCCUUUUUUCCAGACAGAAGAGACAGCAAAGCCCACAUCAUGAACCAUAUUCGGCCGCAUAUGUGGCCGAACCUCAAUACCCCCCGCAAGAAAUGGACGCUACGAGUGCGCGAGUGGAGAUGUCCCACGUAGCAAAUCCUAUCUCCAAAGUUGAUCCCAGAAGGGUACAUGAGAUCGAAGGCUCAACAGACCAUUACACAUAAGAGGGCCCUUUAAUUUUGCGCUCGAACAUUUUUCGCAUUUGGUCCCAAACCCGCGAUGCUGAGGCUUGGGUUAAAGAUUAUGUAGCGUUUUGACACUCAACGUUCACUUUGUAUAAAAAUAUUAAUUCUAUUUUAUAGCUGUC